GCAGAGGACGCUGGGAAAGCAGCUCCGUCCCAGCGACGGAGUUGAGGGGCUGAGCUACGGAAACCGAGAGGGACCGUUGCUCAGGCGGAAAAGCAGGCGCGGAAAAUGAAAUAAAAGAAAGGAACGUGGCGGCGAAGGCUGGAGCCCAAUUAGGCGCUUGGGGGUCACCGCCACAGGAGGAACCGUGUGGAACAACAUCAGGAAGGUUGAGAACCGCCGUUCUAGCGGGUCCCUUUCUUUCCUUUGAGUGAACGUCAAGGAGGCGGUGCCUGGAGAGGAAGAGGCGGGGCUUCGCAGGAAGGCGGGGCUGGUAUAUGGAGCGCCUUCACUUUCGGAAUCAGAGAGCUGACGGAAGGAGCGGUUCCCUUCGGAGGCGGAGAAACCGGAUGAGGACGGAGGAGCCCGGCGGGGGAGAGAAGGAAGGAAGCGCCGCCCGAGAGGAGGAGAGCGGGCCCCGCGGAGCAGCCCCGGGAGACGGCGGGGAAAUGUUGGGGGCUCCGGAGCUGCAGGAGGGAUGAGCCCAGGGGGAGCCCGGGAAAGGCGGCUGCAGGGGGAAACGGGCGGAGACGCCGAGAUGGGCCUGGAGGGCGGAGGGUCCUUCGGAAGACCCCCGAAUCCCCAAAGGAUCCAGAAGGAAGAAGAGAGAUAUCAGUGCCCGGAAUGUGAAAAGUUUUUCAAGAGAAAUGAGUAUCUUCGAAAACAUUUAAAGGUCCAUUCAGGAGAAAAACCUCAUAAAUGUGUGGAGUGUGGAAAGAGUUUCAGUCAAAGGAGCAACCUUUUUGCACAUCAAAGGAUCCACACAGGAGAAAAACCUCAUAAAUGUGUGGAGUGUGGAAAGAGCUUCAGUCAGAGGAGCAGCCUUUAUGAACAUCAAAGGAUCCACACAGGAGAAAAACCUCAUAAAUGUCUGGAGUGUGGAAAGAGCUUCACUGAGAGUAGAACCCUUUAUAGACAUCAAAAGAUCCACACAGGAGAAAAACCUCAUAAAUGCCUGGAGUGUGGAAAGAGCUUCAGUGAGAGGAGUAGCCUUUAUAAACAUCAAAGGAUCCACACAGGAGAAAAACCUCAUAAAUGUCUGGAGUGUGGAAAGAGCUUCAAUGAGAGUAGCAGCCUUUAUGCACAUCAAAGGAUCCACACAGGAGAAAAACCUCAUAAAUGCCUGGAGUGUGGAAAGAGCUUCACUGAGAGGAGAACCCUUUAUCGACAUCAAAGGAUCCACACAGGGGAAAAACCUCAUAAAUGUCUGGAGUGUGGAAAGAACUUCAGUCAAAGGAGCGACCUUUAUAAACAUCAAAGGAUCCACACAGGAGAAAAACCUCAUAAAUGUCUGGAGUGUGGAAAGAGCUUCAGUGAGAGGAGCAGCCUUUAUGGACAUCAAAGGAUCCACACAGGAGAAAAACCUCAUAAAUGUUUGGAGUGUGGAAAGAGCUUCAGUGAGAGUAGAACCCUUUAUAGACAUCAAAGGAUCCACACAGGAGAAAAACCUCAUAAAUGUCUGGAGUGUGGAAAGAGCUUCAGUCAGAGGAGCGACCUUUAUAAACAUCAUAGGAUCCACACAGGAGAAAAACCUCAUAAAUGUCUGGUGUGUGGAAAGAGCUUCAGUCAGAGAGGCAAUCUUUAUGCACAUCAAAAGAUACACACAGGAGAAAAGCCUCAUAAAUGCCUGGAGUGUGGAAAGAGCUUCAGUCAGAGGGGCAGUCUUUAUGCACAUCAAAAGAUCCACACAGGAGAAAAGCCUCAUAAAUGCCUGGAGUGUGGAAAGAACUUCAGUCAGAGGAGUGACCUUUAUAAACAUCAAAGGAUCCACACAGGAGAAAAACUUCAUAAAUGUCUGUUGUGUGGAAAGAGCUUCAGUCAGAGAGGCAACCUUUAUGUACAUCAAAAGAUCCACACCGGAGAAAAGCCUCAUAAAUGUCUGGGGUGUGGAAAGAGCUUCAGUCAGAGGAGCAACCUUUAUAGACAUCAAAGGAUCCAUUGUGGAGAGAAAGGGAUGAAAUGCCUGGAGAGUGGAGGGUCUUUCAGGAGACCCCGGAAUCCCCAAAAGAUCCAGGAGGAAGGAAGGAAAUAUCAGUGCUCGGAAUGUGAGAAAUCCUUCAAGCGAAAGGACCAUCUUGAAAACCAUCUAAAAAUCCACUCAUUUGAAAAUCCACGUUAAUGCUUUAAGUGUGGAAAGAGCUUCCAUCGGAGAGCAAUACUUAUGCAACAUGCAAGAAUCCUUUGUGACUCAAGGAUCCACACAAGAGAAAAACCUCAUAAAUGUCUGGAGUGUGAAAAAUCCUUCAAAAGAAUUAGAGAACUUGAAGACCAUUUAAGAGUCCAUUCAGGAGAAAAACCUCAUAAAUGUCUGGAGUGUGGAAAGAGUUUAAGUGAGAGUAAGAACGCUUUAUAGACAUCAAAUGAUCCACAUGGGAAAAACCUCAUAAAUGUUUGGAGUGUGGAAAGAGCUUCAGUCAGAGGAGAGACCUUUAUGCACAUCAAAGGAUCCACACAGGAGAAAAACCUCAUAAAUGCCUGUUGUGUGGAAAGAGGUUCAGUCAAAUGGGAAACUUCUUCAGCAUCAAAUAAUUCACACUAUAGAGAAAUUUUACAAAUGCUUGGAGUGUGGAAAGAGCUAUACUGAGAGUAGAGGCCUCCAUCAAGACCAAAUAAUUCACAAGGGUGUGGGAGAAGUCACAGAGUGUAUCUCGGGAAUUCAGUUGAAUUAUGUAUUCAAUUUGGCCAAUUGUGAAUUGACACAUUAGGGAUUUGUCCCAAGUGCACAAACUUCCAGUGUCCUUACAAAGCAACAGAAUAAUGAUAUCCAUAAUAAUUGUAAUUCCAAUAAGAGGGUUGAGUAAAGAGGAGAUUAAGAAAAGUAAAUAGUUGCCAAAUAAGGGAGUUUCCCAGGCUGAUUAAGAAAGGACUUUUUCAAUUGUACAUGCUAGAUGUUUCAACUGGCUGCAAUUGUACCUUUUCACAGGAGACUUAAGUGACUCAUGAUGCCAUUUCUCAUGUGAAUGUUCUCUUCUGUAAUGCAAUGCUCAUUUCAAUGCUGGUGCUUAAUAUUAUGGGAUGUUACUGUCCACAUCUCUGAUACAACUGUAGCUGAGCAGGAUGAUUUCUUCCAUGCUUUAAAAACAGACUGAUUUAUAUUUAUAAAUAUAUGCUUUCUAUAUUUUUUAAAAAAAUCUUAUUUCUUCCAUACAAUCAAUUUUUCUUUUCUACUUUUUCUACUGUGUUGAGUAUAAAAUGAAAUCCGGUUCUGUUUCCUCUUUGGUUGAGGGAAAUCUGUUUGCUACAAUACUCUAAUAAAUUGCUUUUAAAUUGACAUCCCACUUGGUGCUUAA